GACCGCCUGGAUUUAUUGGAUGUUACACUGACAAACCUGAAAGAAUAUUAUCAAAAACAUUGUCAGUCAGUAAUCUCAGCACUGGAGAUGCCUGCAUACAACAGUGUAAGAACGCCGGCUACAGAUAUGCUGGAACAGAGUUGGAUCACUGUUUUUGUGGACACACGUAUAAAAAUUACCCGCAAGGAACAGGGUGUACUUCAUGGUGUUUUGGCAAUAGUUAUGAAAAAUGUGGAGGUCACUGGCAUAUCUCGAUCUAUGAUACUUCAGAGAAACCCGCUCCAAUCAUUGAAUAUGAAGUUUCUUCAAGUUACCUCGGAUGUUACUUUGACAGACCCGAACGAAUACUGUCAACAAAAUUGUCUCACAACAACCAAAAUACUGGUGAUAGCUGUAAACAACAGUGUAUGGCCGCUGGCUACAAAUUCGCUGGAACAGAGGUAA